AUGUCUUCGUCUCCACACAGCCCAGAUGUCAGACAGACACCACCAUGCUCUUCAGACAACCCGCUCAAAGAGCUGCGAGAGAUCCCGGCACCCCGAGGCUGGCCCAUCAUCGGCAACGUUGCGCAGAUUGAUCAGAAUUUCCCGUUGAGGACUUUCGGGGAGUUUGCGGAUCAGUAUGGAGAGAUAUUCGCGAUCAGACUGCCAGGCGGCCGCAAAAUCAACAUCGCCUGCAGUGCGGCCCUCGUGCCAGAUCUCAGCGACGAGACGAGGUUCAAGAAGAACCCACAGGGUGCUCUCGAGCAAGUCAGAAAUGCGGUCAACGAUGGCCUCUUUACUGCUCGACCCAACGAACCGAACUGGGGCAUAGCCCACCGCAUACUCAUGCCAGCCAUGGGACCCAUGGCGAUCCGCGGCAUGUUUGACGAGAUGCACGACCUUGCCACACAACUCGUCAUGAAGUGGGCGCGCCACGGGCCCUCGUACCCCAUCAUGGCGACCGACGACCUGACACGGGUCACACUCGACACGCUGGCCCUGUGCUCCAUGGGGUUCCGCUUCAACAGCUACUAUACUCCCGAGGUGCUACCCUUCUUGAAAUCCAUGGGGUCGUUCCUGCAAGAGUCGGGGCGGAGGAUAGGCAGGCUGCCCUUGCCCGAGUUUUGCUACAAGAGCGAGAACGAGGCGUACUUCAACGAUGUCAAGGAGAUGCGAGCUACCGCGCAAGGCGUGCUCAAUGAGCGCAAGCGUGAAGGCCCUGGCGGCAGGAAGGACUUGCUACAGGCCAUGAUGGACGGCGUGGAUAAAGUGACGGGCCAGAGGAUGACGGACGACAGCAUCCUGGACAAUCUGCUCACGUUUCUCGUCGCAGGGCACGAGACCACAUCGGGGCUGUUGUCGUUUGCAUUUCAUGAGCUGCUGAGCAGCCCUGAAGCAUACCGCAAGGCGAGAGACGAGGUUGAUCGCGUCGUUGGGUCUGGGCCGAUUACGGUCGAGCACAUGAGCCAGCUGCCAUAUCUCGAGGCGGUCCUGCGCGAGACUUUGCGCCUUAGUGCCCCAAUUGCGCUGUACACAGUCGAAGCCCAGGAUGAUACAGAGAUCAACGGCUGGGACGGCAAGUACAGCAUACCCAAAGGCCAGCCAGUUUCUCUUCUUCUCACCAAAGUCCACCGAGACAAACGCGUGUACGGAGAUGACUCCCUUGAGUUUAAGCCCGAGCGCAUGCUCGAGGACAAGUUCAACAAGCUCCCGUCAGGAGCGUGGAAACCCUUUGGCAACGGCUCGAGAGGUUGUAUAGGCCGCGGCUUCGCCUGGCAAGAGUGCCUGCUCAUCAUCGCUAUGAUCCUGCAGAACUUCGACUUGUUCCACUUUGACCCGAGCCAACCAGUCGGCAUCAAGCAGACAUUGACCCUCAAGCCCGACAAGUUUUUCAUGCGGGCCAUUCCGCGCGAUGGACUCAAUGCAACUGACAUUCAAGCCCGGCUCAAUGGCAACGUCGAUGGUGUAUCGAGCCGCAAAAGUUCUGACGCGGACUCGGGCGUCAGUGGGCUCAACGACAAGGCUAGUGUGACACAGACAGGCCAACCCAUGACGAUUCUUUAUGGUAGUAAUAGCGGGACCUGCGAGAAUCUGGCCCAACGGCUUGCAAGUGAUGCCGCGAGCCACGGCUUCAGAGCCACCAUGCUUGACGUGAUGGACGCCGGCAUCGACAUCCUCCCCAGCAAGCCAGCUAACCAGCCCGUUAUUUUCAUCACGCCUUCUUACGAGGGCAAGCCAGCAGACAACGCAGCCAGAUUCAUCUCAUGGAUAGAGGGCCUCGAAGAUGGAAGCAGCUGCACCCUCGGCGGGGUGCAGUACGCAGUCUUUGGCUGCGGCCACCACGACUGGGCGUCCACCUUCCACAAAGUCCCCAAGUUCCUCGACGCCAAGCUCGAACUUCUCGGUGCGACUCGCGUGGCAGAGAUGGGCCUGUGCGAUGCCGCCCGGGGCAAGAUGUUUUCAGACUUUGAGACCUGGGAAGACAAGAUACUCUGGCCGGCGCUGGGCAAGGCUUUCGGCAUCUCCCCUUCGUCGACUCAGGGACUAUGCGGUGGCGAGCAGCAGUCAUAUACGGCAACACCAGCUCAGCUGGAUAUCUCCGUUUCUAGUCUCCGCCCGUCGAAGUUGCGACACGACGUCAAGCAAGCUACUGUCACGCAUGCACGCAGACUCACUGCCGAAGGCGAACCGGCGAAGCAGCAUCUCGAUAUUGAGCUACCUAGUGGUAUGACGUAUCGCACGGGCGACUACCUCGCUGUAUUGCCGUACAAUCCACGGGAGAACGUGGAUAGGGCGAUGCGGCGGUUCUCGCUGCCGUGGGAUGCAAGUAUCGCGGUUAACAACCAUGAGAAUGGCAAUAGUGGCAGCGCGAUACCAACGGGCUCAGCGGUCUCUGUGAGGGAGGUUCUCUCGGCUUAUGUCGAGCUGGGUGACCCUGCUACCAAGAGGUUCGAAGACACUGACCUGAGAUUGUCCGUGCUCGACCUCCUCGAGAUCUACACAUCAGUGACCUUGCCGCUGGGCGUCUUCUUGACCAUGCUACCAUCGAUGAGAGUCCGACAAUACUCGAUAUCCUCCUCCCCGCUCCUCAACCCCAAGAGGGCAUCAAUAACCCUCUCAGUCCUCGACAGCUCCUCUCACCACCUCUGCCCCGACGGGCCAACCGACACAACAACAAUCAGGCACAACCAUCUCGGCGUGGCAUCCACGUACCUCGCGUCCCUCUGCCCCGGAGACCCCAUCCACGUCUCCGUCCGCUCCUCACACGCGGCCUUCCACUUGCCCGCACACCCGCACGCCACGCCGAUCAUCUGCGUCGCCGCGGGCAGCGGCCUCGCGCCGUUCCGGGGGUUCCUGGAGGAGAGGGCGGCCAUCAUGGGGGUUUCCCAUUCCAUCGCAGCAACGGCCGAGUCUGGUUCAACCGGUGAGCAACAGGCGAAGCUCGCGCCCGCAGUGCUGUACUACGGCUGCCGCGGUCCCGGGCUCGACGACAUCUAUGCCUCUGAGCUUGCUGCCUGGGAGGCCCAGGGCGUGGUCAGCAUACGGUGGGCGUAUAGCAGGUGUCCCGAGAAAGGGUUCGGGGGCAGGAGCAGAUAUGUCCAGGACGCGAUGGCCGCGGACAGGGAGAACGUGCUGGAACUGUGGAGGGAGAAGGGGGCGAAGAUGUAUAUCUGCGGAUCGCGGAAGGUUGGUGACGGGGUGCGGAGGAUGGCGAUCAAGGCGUAUGUGGAUGUCGUCGGUAAAGAGAGGGCCGGGGAGGAGAUUCUGACGGGGGAUGAAGACAUGACUGGGCUGAGAAGUGACGAGGAGCUCCAGGCUGAAGCAGAGAAGUGGUGGGAAGGGUUGAGGAACACGCGGUAUGCGACCGACGUGUUUGACUAAGAUGGCUAGUCAAAGGAUCGCAU